AUGGCCAACAAUUCUAUAAAAUUAUUAGCUCCUGAUGUUCAUAAAGGUCUAGCGAAUUUGGUUUCCAAAAGGCUGGGUGUCCCAUUAACUGACUCGUAUCUAAAAAGAGAUCCAACAGGUGAAGUUUCUUUCUCCAUUGGUGAAUCUGUUAGAGACCAAGAUAUUUUCAUUAUAACACAAAUCGGCUCCGGUGUGGUGAACGACCGUGUACUUGAAUUAUUAAUUAUGAUUAAUGCUUCAAAGACAGCCUCUGCAAGAAGAAUCACCGCGAUCAUUCCAAAUUUCCCAUAUGCCAGACAAGAUAGAAAGGACAAAUCUCGUGCGCCAAUUACUGCUAAAUUAAUGGCCGACAUGUUAACUACAGCUGGUUGUGAUCAUGUUAUUACCAUGGAUUUACAUGCCUCACAAAUUCAAGGUUUCUUCGAUAUUCCUGUUGAUAAUCUUUAUGCUGAACCAAGUGUAGUCAGAUAUAUUAAGGAAAACAUCGAUUAUAAGAACGCUAUAGUAAUUUCUCCAGAUGCAGGUGGUGCAAAACGUGCUGCUGGUUUAGCUGAUCGUUUAGAUCUAAAUUUCGCAUUAAUUCAUAAAGAAAGAGCAAGAGCCAAUGAAGUCAGUAGAAUGGUUCUUGUUGGUGACGUCACCGACAAGAUUUGUAUUAUUGUAGAUGAUAUGGCUGACACAUGUGGCACUUUAGCUAAAGCGGCAGAAAUUUUAUUAGAACAUAAUGCUAAUUCUGUCAUUGCUAUUGUUACUCACGGUGUAUUAUCGGGUAAUGCUACCAAAAAUAUCAAUAACUCAAGAUUGGAUAAAGUUGUAUGCACAAAUACCGUUCCAUUCGAAGAAAAGAUGAAAGAAUGUCCAAAAUUAGACGUUAUUGAUGUGAGUAGUGUCUUAGCUGAAAGUAUUCGUCGUUUACAUAACGGUGAAAGUAUAUCUUACUUGUUCAAACAUUCUCCUCUUUGA